GGUCUCGCGGCCUCCAGGCUUGCACCCGAGUUCCGCCGCCAACCGAGGUCCACGCUACACGUUGCAGCAUCCAGGCCGCCGGCUACGCAGCAAGCAUGCCUCCCUACACCAUUGUCUACUUCCCAGUUCGAGGGCGUGGUGAGGCCAUGCGCAUGCUGCUGACUGACCAGGGCCAGAGCUGGAAGGAGGAGGUGGUGACCGUAGAGUCCUGGACACAGGGCCCGCUCAAGGCUUCUUGUCUGUAUGGGCAGCUUCCCAAGUUCCAGGAUGGAGACCUCACCCUGUAUCAGUCCAACGCCAUCCUGCGCCACCUGGGCCGCUCCCUUGGGCUCUAUGGGAAGGAUCAGCGGGAGGCAGCCCUGGUGGACAUGGUGAACGACGGCGUGGAGGACCUCCGCGGCAAAUACGUUACCCUCAUCUACACCAACUACGAGGCGGGCAAGAAUGACUAUGUGAAGGCACUGCCUGGGCAUCUGAAACCUUUUGAGACUCUGCUGUCCAAGAACCAGGGGGGCAAGGCUUUCAUCGUGGGUGACCAGAUCUCCUUCGCCGACUACAACCUGCUGGACUUGCUGCUGAACCACCAGGUCCUGGCUCCCAGCUGCCUGGAUGCUUUCCCCCUGCUCUCGGCCUAUGUGGCGCGCCUCAGUGCCCGGCCCAAGCUCAAGGCCUUCCUGGCCUCCCCGGACCAUGUGAACCGGCCCAUCAAUGGGAAUGGCAAACAGUGAAGUCUCAUGGGCCCUUGGAAGAGGGAAGGCUGUUCACCUCCCUUUCCCCAGGACCAAUAAACUUUCUAAGACCAAA